AUGCCUUCUACUGGAAUUAUCACCAGCGAAAAGAAUUUGAUUAUCCUUGCAACCGUUCAUGCUACCAUGGCGUACACUCACGAGUCUCGACUGGAUGAAAAGAGAAGAUAUGCAUCCGGGGACAGCCUUCGUAUAACAAUUAGAGUACAAGUUUAA